AUGAACCCGACCACCCCGCCACCCUUCUCGUCCAUCCCUCUCGUCAGUCUCUACACCCCGAACUCGCCCUUCCCUCCCGACCACCUCGACCCGACCAAGGACUCGUACUUCGUCUCGCCGCCCUCGACGGGCAAGUCGACCGAGUUCCCGCACACCGCGCUCGACGGCCGCAGCGACACGAGCGAGGUCGUGCGGCCCCGGCGGCGGUUGCGCGACUGGCGCGCAGGGUGGAGUUGGACCUGGAGCUGGAGCGGCGUCGAGACGGCCGUGUGGGCCGCGGUCCCGCUCGUCCUGUUCGCCGUCGGGUUUGGCCUCCUGUGCGCGGCCAUGUUCGACAACGCGCCGAGCAGGGCGUUCCUGAGCGUCGUCGAGGUCAACGGGACCGGCCGGCUCGACUACUACAUCUUUCAGGCGUGUGCUACAGCAUCGGGCUCGACAAAGCGCAUGUGCACGCCCCUCGCCACCAAGGUCAACUUUGUCCCCGCCCUCACGACCGUCUCGCCGUCCCUCCUCGGCUUCUCGUCCCUCCAACUCCCCUUCCGGUCGACCCAGACCCCGUCCAUCUUCCUCUCGUCCCUCAUCUUCCUCGUCGUGUCGGCCGUCCUGUACGUCCCGCUGUGGACGCUCGCCUACUUCCCGCACGCGCGGCUCCCCUCGCCCGUCGUGCGCCUCGCGCGCUACUCGGCCGGGACCGUGUUUGACCUGAGCGGCCUCUUGGCCCUCCUGUCGUUCGUCUUCACCUUGACGAUCGGCGUCGGCGUCCUCCUCCAGGCCCAAGGCGCGGCGUACAACUUUACCCAGGCGUACCGCUACGGCGCGCUCGCGAGCCCGGCCACGGUCGCGCAGCUCGCCAACCCGGCGUGGGUCCCGCAAAUCGGCGGCGGGUUCAAGGUCGUGUGGGCCGCGUGCACGUUCAGCGGCCUCGCCAUGCUCGCCGUCAGGGUGAGCGUCUUCAACGGCAUGGACGAGCGCGUCGAGUGGCCGGCGGACGAGAAGCGGUAG